AUGGUGUUAGGUCUUCGAACAAAGAGCCGUAAAGACAAUGGAGUGUUCGUUGAGUAUCUAAUCUCAAUCAAGGAGCUAAAGCCAUGGCCAACGAGCCAAGUCCCUGCACAGUGCGUCCUUCUCAAAUGGGAGAACGGCGAAAACAGCUCAGGAUCGUUCAUCGCGGUCGUGGGCAAAGACACGAUCAUGUUCAACGAGUCCUUCAGGCUAACGCUAACGUUAGAACCCAAAGUCGGGGCAGACAAGAAGUUCCAGAAGAAUCUUUUGGAACUUCAUGUCUAUGACGCGAAGAAGAAAGAAAAAGGAGUCAAGAACAAGCUUAUUGGCUCGGCCGUGGUCAACCUUGCUGACUACGGCGUGUUGACACAUUCGGUUCCCGUGGGAGCUCCGUUUACUUUCAAGAAGAGCUCAAGAAACGAUGCUAACUCUGAGAUUUACCUAACUAUUGAGCCAGCCGGUGAGGAUGAUGAUGAUGGUUAUCGGAGUAGCUGUUCGUCGUCGCAGCCGAAGAUGAGAGGAUCGGUGGAUAAAGAAGGUAGUGAGUUUAGUUUGGCGUCGUUGACGGAUGAUGAUGAUGAUGAUGCUUCGUCGCAGUGUUCGUCUACACGGAGGGUUUCUUUCUCAGCCACGUGUGAUGCUAAUCCCAUGAAUACAGAGACAGAGAUGAACAAAGAUGAGAAGAAAGGUUGGAAACAUGUAACGCUUAAGCACAGUAACAAUGAAGCAGUACUAGUCUCCGAGAUCGAGAAUCUACUUAGAGAAGAAGAGAGAAAGAGACAGAGCAACCAAUCAGUGGUUGUGAGCUCAGAGAGUGAUCAAAAACACAAGAACGAUACAUUUGCCUCUAAGCUCAAGAAACAGUUCUCCGAGAUCAGUUCUAUUCCUUCUCCAUUACCUCCCGAUGCAGCAAGAAAACAGAUGAAACUUCGAACAAACACUCUUGCCUUGGGAAGAAAGACUCUAGGGAUGGAAGGUAUUCCAAGACUUAAACAGCUUAAGUCUAUUCAGUUGCAUUUUGAUGGAACCGGUACGAAUACAAUCAAUGAUGAUAUUCGGAAAAAGGCGAGUGGAGUGAGCAACAAGUUAGGUUUAAUAACUCCGCAGGACUCCAAAUCAGAGACGCUUGAAGAUGAGCUUAAGGAAGCAGCGGCUCUUGAAGCAGCUGUUUACUCUGUGGUCGCUGAGCAUAGUAGCUCCAUGAGCAAGGUUCAUGCUCCAGCUCGUCGUCUUGCUAGGUUUUAUCGUCAUUCUUGUAAAGGAAAUGGCUCAGAUCAUUCUAAGCGAGCCUGCGCGGCUAGAGCCGCGGUUUCUGGAUUGAUAUUAGUUUCUAAAGCUUGUGGAAAUGAUGUUCCAAGGUUAACCUUUUGGCUAUCGAAUUCGAUUGUUCUCAGAGCAAUUCUAAGCCGCGGUUUAGAGAAGUUGAACCUUGUCUCUACUAAACCCGGUUCAGAUGAAUGGGAAGAUCCUCGAGCGUUUCUUGCGGCUUUAGAGAAGUUCGAGUCUUGGAUAUUCUCUCGAGUUGUUAAAUCAGUUUGGUGGCAGAGUAUGACACCGUAUAUGCAAUCUACAGCGGUUAAAGGAUCGAUAUCGAGGAAAGUCUCGGGGAAAAGACGGUUAGGUCAUAAGAACCAAGGACUCUAUGCUAUAGAGCUAUGGAAGAAUGCAUUUAGAGCUGCCUGUGAAAGACUUUGUCCACUCAGAGGUUCAAGACAAGAGUGUGGUUGUCUACCUGUGCUUGCUAAACUGGUUAUGGAACAGUUAAUAAGUAGACUUGAUGUAGCAAUGUUCAACGCAAUACUCCGCGAGUCACCCGGCGAAAUGCCCACUGAUCCGGUCUCUGACCCGAUCAGCGACAUUAAUGUUCUUCCGAUUCCAGCAGGAAAAGCAAGUUUUGGUGCCGGUGCACAGCUUAAAAACGCGAUAGGAACUUGGUCAAGAUGGCUUGAGGAUCAGUUCGAGCAAAGAGAAGACAAAGAUGAAGAUGGAAAUAAUAAGGAGAAGCAAGAAUGUGAAAACUUCAGAUUGUUCCAUUUACUUAACUCGUUGGGUGAUCUCAUGAUGCUUCCAUUCAAAAUGCUUGCAGACAAAUCCACAAGAAAAGAGGUUUGUCCAACUCUUGGUCCACCAAUAAUAAAGAGAGUUCUUCGAAACUUUGUACCUGAUGAGUUUAACCCGCAUCGAAUCCCAAGAAGGCUAUUCGAUGUUCUAAACUCCGAGGGCCUAACAGAGGAAGACAAUGGGUGCAUAACAGUCUUCCCUUGCGCUGCAUCUCCCACAGUCUACUUAAUGCCAGCUACAGAUUUCAUAAAACGCUUCAUAGGAGAGUUGAACAAUCCGUCUUUAUCUGAAACCGGAUCAUCGGUAUAUAAGAAACAAUACACGAGCGACGAUGAGCUUGAUGACUUAGAUACAUCCAUCAACUCUAUAAUCUCUGCUCCUGGAACAACCAGUUCAUCAGAGUGGAUGCCAAAAGGAUAUGGUCGCAGGAAGACUGUAAGAUAUCAGCUCCUUAGAGAAAUAUGGAGAGAAGAUGGAUUACAAUAA